AUGCAGUUCUUCAUCCUGCCAGUAGGGGGCUACCUGUGUCUUCUGCCGGCCUCGGCCACGUUAAAGGCCAGCACCAUCCUGAGCACCAAACCUCCCAUCCAGCCCAGACCGGUGUGUGUCACCACCCUCCCCGUCCCCCAGACCCCCGCGCCGGCCAAGACCCUCAUACUGCAGGGCCUCCCCUCCAUGGACCAGACCAGACCCGUGGUCUUGUCCCAGUCCGUCUGUCUCGGUUCGGCUCCGGCCAUCGUCAAGAUGGAGCCCGUCUCCCCCAGCAUCCCCCAGCACUGCGCCAGCCCCACAGCUCCGCCCAGCGGCAAACCCAUCGUCCCGGCGACGGCGCCGUUACCCGGCAACACCUCCAACGACAUCGACAUGAAGGUGCUGAAGCGGCAGCAGAGGAUGAUAAAGAACCGCGAGUCGGCGUGCCAGUCCAGGAAGAAGAAGAAGGAGUACCUGCAGAACCUGGAGGCCCAGCUCCGGGAGGCCCAGCAGGAGAACGAACGCCUCCGCCGGGAGAACCAGACGCUGAGGGAGAGACUGGCCGGGAAAGAGGGCAGCGACUCGGCGAGCAACAAGAGAGCCGUGUGCGUCAUGGCCGUCCUGCUGUUCAUGACGUUCAGCUUCGGACCCGUCAG